AACGUGUCCAACUCGACAUUGAAGUCAUUUGGGGGCAUUGACGUUGGGCAUUUCAGUCGCUAACGGUAUUCACAAGACAAACUAGAAGGCGUUAUCAUCAAUUUAACUGCCAAGGCUCUUUGGCUGAGGGGUUGGAAAGCAAACUUAUUCUCCAAGUUGGAGCUUUAAGUCGAAUUACUCCCAUUUCCGGAAACCGUUAUCAUCAUCUAUACAAUUGAAGCAACAUAAGUUUGUUCCUCUCCCAAGGAAAUGGAUCCGAGGCUGUACCGAUAUGCUAGCUCCGGUGAUAUUCGCUCCCUCAAGGAGCUUCUCGGUAGAGAUCCGAGCGUACUCCCGGGGCGCACUCCUCAAGGAAACACGGCCCUCCAUGUUGCCGCUAGAUUUGGACAAAGACCAGUUUUCGCGGAGAUCUAUAGUCGAUGCAAGUCCCUUCUCAUGCAGCCGAAUUCCGAGGGAGACACUCCUCUGCAUGUAGCUUCAGGGGCUGGCCAUCUUUCUGUUGUGAAGUUUCUAGUCAUAGAGAUCACAUCCACCUCUCCUUCUCAGCUAGACAUUGAAAGCGGCUGCCACGGCAAUUUUGAGAUUCUAAGACGUGGAAAUAGGAUGAACAACACAGCCCUGCAUGAGGCGAUCAGAAACGGUCACUCACAAGUGGUUAGGUUGCUUAUAAAAGCGGAUUCUCACCUUGUGCUUUACGAAAAUAGUGCGGGAGAAUCCCCAUUGUACCUGGCUGCUAGUGGGGGCGUGGAAGAGAUUGUAAAUUGGAUCUUGACAUCGUGCCCGUUAUCUGCUCACGGUGGAUCAGAUGGCCAGACGGCUUUACACGCUGCUGUGAGCGCAAGACAUUAUGGUAUAGUGAAAACACUCCUAAGAGUGAAACCAGAGCUGAUCAAAGAAGCUGACAACUAUGGCAGGACCCCUCUUUACUAUGCAGCUUUUUCUGGAUACCACAAAUUGGUUCAACAAUUACUGGAGCUCGAUAUCUCGAGCGCAUAUUUAGUGGACAGAGAUGGUCAUUCGUCACUUCAUGCAGCAGCAAGUAAUGGCCAUGCCAAGGUUAUAAAAGCGAUUAUCCGGCAAUGCCCGGAUGCUGGGGAAUUGGUAGACGUAAAGGGCCAAAACAUUCUUCAUGUUGCAGUCCUAAGCGGGAAAGCAACUGUUGUCAGAUGCAUAUUGGAAACUAUCGAGCUUGAGGGCCUAAUAAAUCAGCCCGAUCACAACGGUAAUACUGCUUUGCAUCUAACUAUCAUGGAAAGGAGAAGUUGGAUCGCGGCUUACCUAUUGUGGGAUGCGAGAGUUGAUCAAACAGCUCGGAACACAAAAGGGGAAACCGCCUUCGAUGUAGAUGAGCCAACCAAGGAACCGCGUGUUAUUCCCUCGGUCGUGAUGCUGAAUUCGCGACAACUACGCCUCCCACAUCUUUGGAAUCUCCGAGGAGAAUUUCUCCCCUGUACAAAUGAAGAAAAAGAUGGUGUCUUGACUUCAGAACAAACUUACAAGCAAAAUUGUCAGACCUUACUGAUGGUCGCGAUGCUCAUCACAACCGUGACGUUCGCAGCAGCUUUCACAAUGCCCGGCGGUUAUAACAACAACAUCGGCCCGGGCCAAGGAGUGGCCCUUCUUCGGUCAAGUGGUUUUCUCAAGCAGUUCAUCAUCUCUGACACUAUUGCAAUGACCUGCUCUAUAAUGGCCUCUUCCAUCAUACUCUGGGGCACUGCUUUCAGCAAGAGAUGUUACAUGCAUUGCUAUGUGACUGCAGCUGUGCUGACAUUCAUCGCGCUGCAGUCGACUGCCAUGUCAUUCAAUUCGGGUCUCUUGGCUGUGUUACCUGACCAAACAUAUGUCCACACCAUGAUUUGGAUAGUUGGCAGUGUCUUCCAUGUUAACACCUGCUUGUUUCUCUUCAGACUGGCCCAGAUUUUUUCCUUCUCUGAGAUCUGCCUCUCCUUGAUUUCCCGCCUCAGAAGGAUCAAGUGUAUCAUCCAUUCCCACAUAGCAAAGAAGUAACAUUCUUCAGCAUUGUUAUGUUGGAGAAAUUACUGACAACUUUUCCCCUUGUGGAUUUGGUGAAAUCUGCAAGAAAACAUCACUGAGUUUUUUCAUUUUUUU